CUCAUUGGGUCAACGCGGGAAGCCCCAAGAUGGCGGCAGCAGGGACCUGCGGCACCGGCACCCGGGGUACUGGGUCUAUGGUGGCGGCGGCCAGCACGAACAACGUCACUAGCUUCCAGCGGAGGGGUCCCAGAGCUAGCGGUGCCGACAGUGGCUGCUCUCGACUGGUGUCCAUCGCGGGGACACGGCCGUCGGUGCGGAAUGGACAGCUGCUGGUAUCAACCGGGCUGCCAGCCCUGGACCAGCUCCUAGGUGGAGGUUUGGCCGUUGGAACAGUUCUUCUAAUUGAAGAGGAUAAAUACAACAUUUAUUCUCCUUUGCUCUUCAAUUAUUUCCUGGCAGAAGGAAUUGUCAGUGGCCAUGCUUUGUUGGUUGCAUCUGCAAAAGAAGACCCUGCUGACAUCUUACAGAAACUUCCUGCACCAUUAAUUGAUGAUAGCUAUAAAAAAGAAUGCGAUGAAGAUGUAUGCAGUCAUAAAAUAGAAUCUGAUAUUAAGAUGAAAAUAGCUUGGCGUUACCAGUUAUUACCCAAGAUGGAGGCUGGACCAGUAUCAUCUUCAAGAUUUGGUCACUAUUAUGAUAUAUCAAAAAGGAUACCACAAGAACUCAUUGAGACCUCAAAGUGGCAUGGAUUUUUUCUCCCAGAAAAAAUAUCAUCAACUUUUAAUGUAGAACCCUGUUCUUUGACCUCUGGCUACAUGAAGCUGCUCCAGUUUAUCCAGAACAUUAUUUAUGAGGAAGGAUUUGAUGGAUCCAAUCCCCAGAAAAAACAGAAAAACAUUUUAAGAAUAGGAAUCCAGAAUCUUGGUUCACCUUUGUGGGGAGAUGAUAUCUGCUGUACAGAAAACUGUGACACGAGUCAUAGCCUCACGAAGUUCCUCUAUAUACUCCGUGGACUUCUGCGAACCUCUCUUUCAGCCUGUAUCAUUACCAUGCCAACACACCUUAUCCAGAAUAAAGCAGUUAUUGCUCGUGUUACAAACUUGUCAGAUACAGUAGUUGGUCUGGAAUCAUUUAUUGGUUCUGAGAAAGAAACCAACCCAUUAUAUAAGGAUUAUCAUGGUCUUAUUCAUAUACGGCAGAUUCCUCGACUUAAUAACUUGAUUUAUGAUAUAUCAGAUGUCAAAGACUUAGCUUUUAAAUUAAAAAAGAAGCUGUUCACCAUUGAGCGACUGCAUUUGCCUCCAGACUUGUCAGACACUGUGAGCCGCUCAAGCAAACAGGAUCUGGCAGAAUCCGCCAAGCUGCUGGGCCCAGGCUGUGGCAUGACGGCCGGAGGCAAGAAGCACCUGGACUUCUAGUGACUCCUCCUUAGUCAUCGCCUGCAGAAUUCUGUGACACCCUAAUUAUGAUUGCUAAUAGCUUAUGUAAAUAUUUUUCUUAACAAUGUGACCCUCCAAUCCUUGAAAAAUACAGUUGGGAUUGUAAAACGAGGCCACCGUUCUUCAUUAUUUUAACCAACUUUUUAUACAGAAAUAGUACAGCAGAAAUACUUUCACUUUAAAAUUUUGUUUUAUGCUAUAUCUAGUAAAGAAUUUUUUUUUAAAUAAAAGCAAAUAAAAUGUUCGAAAUUCA